AUGCAUGUCACCAAAGGCGUCAAGCAAGCGACCUGUCCAGCCUGUGAGAAUGCCACAUGUGACAAGUUGGGGCGGCAUGGCGGGCAAGCCGUUCCUGACGGCUCCACGGCUCUCAGCGGCAAGCCGACAGACUGUGCACCGAUCAACACAUUCGCAACCAUGAUAUACAACGUCAACAGCAUACCACACCAGAUCUUCGCUGCAAAGCUGGACACCCUUUCGCCGCCGAUCGCUCACUCCAACGACCUGGCCUGCCACGCGAAGCUCUACUGCUUUGCCCAGAUGUACAUGGCGGACCCAUUGAAAGAUAUUUGCACGCAUAUGCUGCACCGCGACCUGAUGCACUUCGAGAUCACGACCGACACCAUUGGGGCUGUUGUCGAGUUGGUGAGUUUCACAUACGACAACACCGUAUUCGACACCGGUAUGCUGAGCGGCGGGUCCGAGCUGCGCGACCUUGUGCUCCGCUUCGUCAUCGCCCGGAAGAGCAGGCUGGCGCAAUUUCAUGAGUUUGAUGAGCUGUUGGUCGCUGGAGGUGAUUUUGUCGUUGACCUUUUUCGAGGAGAGCUGAUGAUGCCGUUUUGA